UUAAAAAGCUGCAGUUCUUUCUGUCACUCCUCCUUCAGCAUGUCAUCACAACAAAGUUGGAGUAUUUUUCAGCGCAUUGAACUGAGAAAUAAUAAUGAGCUUUGCAGAUGCGCAGUUCUACCAGGUGUUUGCUAGUUGCUUCUGGCAGUAGUCUGGAGGAGAUGAGUGGGGAAAAUGUAGAGGAAGGGUGUUCUGUAACGUGGAAGCUUAAACAUUGCAGCGCCAAGGAGGAGCUGUGUGGAAAAGGUGGCGCUCAGUGAGAGCAAGAACUUAGGCCCCCCGAAUGACUACCAUGGGAGAUUUCAGGAUUUCUCUAAAAAGCAUAAAAUAAUCAAAGCAACACUCCAGGUAUCAAAAAAGUCAAUUUUACCUAAUAUUGGCCCUUUAAGCCGUUUUUAAUACAAGCUUUGAAAAUGUUUGACACCACUUGAAACACAAGUUAGAUAUUAACGAUUAAGCGAUAUACUUUUCAUCUUCUUAAACGUAAGGGCAGCUUCAGUAAAUGUUUUUUUUCUCAUAACAGAAUACAGAAAAAUGUUAAGAUUAAGCAAAUUUUAUAAAGAGAAUUUAGAAAUAUAAUUUGAAAAAAAUCAAAGAGAACACAUGGUAUUUUACAUUUAGACUUAAAUGAGGGGUCUAUGCCAAUAUCUGAACAUGGAACAUCUCAUGUUCCAUGUUCACUGGAACCCUGUGUGUCCUCUUUCUGCCACAUCAGAUCUGGUUUCCAUAUGGAAGAUGGGAUAGUACAGACCUGCUAAUCCCCUGAAACUCUUUUAAAUAGCCCUUGUUAUGUGAAGGGAAUUCGAGGAGUUGGAAUCAAAGUCUAGGGGUUGUGUUCUGCAAUUCUGCAACAGUUAACAGCCUCACCAAGCAGUUUGCCUGCUGCUGUGCUGACUGAAAGCCACCACACACAAAGCUUGACAAGUUGCUUGCAGAGUCUGUGUGCUUGGCUUUGCAUUCCACAACUGGUCCCAGCAGAAAGAAACUUUUCAAUCGUCAGACCAAGACCACUGGAGUGAUGAGAAGGUAAUUAGCCCCCUCUUUCCCCCGCACCCGAACACAACUACCUCUGCCACCAGACCUCUUGCAGCGACUAAACAUUUGUGAGUCAGAUUGGGCCAAAAGGAUAUGAGUGGGAAACUUCAAAACCUGCUCAUAUUUCUGAGGAUGUGAAAGGAUUUGUAUAACGCAUUCAUAUUUGAUGGAUUUUCCCAUGUUCCAUGUGGACAGCCGUUUUUUGUUGACAUCUUCAAAUAAUGAGGCCCUUAUGUGUAGGGUUUGUUCUUCACCUGUGGUGCAGGGUUCUGUUUCUAGUUGCCAGGUAGGGAUGCUGUGCAAACCAUUCCCUCGUCUGUUCCAGGCUUAUGGAGAAGGACUGACUUGCUGGCUUCCAGGAACCACAGUAAGUAUUUUGACUGUCGCCACAGUCAGCGAGGAACGAUUAGCUAUAGAGUAGCAUCUAUCAUGACUUUACUAACAUCUAUCUUAUUUGUGAACAGCAAUGAUAUUUGGAGAUUUUAUGGUGCAGUGACAUUUUCCAAGGAAAGCUGUGUACCUAAGUAAUUUUUGAAAUUACCAUAGCUAUUUAUAAAAAGUGAAGACUAAGUUAGUGUUGGAGGAGAGACAUUUAACUGCUUUGACCUGAGCUCCUUGGGAAAGUUAAGGUUUAUUUGUGUAAUUUACCACUCUGACUAACAUGAAAAUCUCCCAUUGAUUGCACUCUUUGUUUCCUGCUCUGCUAGACUGAGCUAACAGGAAAAGAUGCCUGUGCUUACCUUUGAUUUUUAUUGUGUUACAGGUACUGAAAUGGAACAUAUAUUUUGGAUCUUUUUUAUUUUUUGCCAGAUCUUUUCAGUGGGAGCUCAGUUCAAUGGAUACAACUGUGAUUCCAACUUCCAUAGUCGCUUCCCUGCUGAGCGGGAUAUCAGUGUGUACUGUGGGGUUCAAACUAUCACUCUUAAGGUCAACUUUUGUCCAGUACUUUUCUCUGGCUACACUGAUUCAGAUUUGGCUCUAAAUGGUCGUCAUGGAGAUGCACAUUGUCGAGGAUUUAUUAAUAACAACACAUUUCCUACUGUUGUGAUCUUUAGUAUUAGCUUGGCAACAUUGGAGUCAUGUGGAAAUGCCCUGGUGGUGUCCACAGCUCAGGGACCCAAUGCCUAUGGAAAUCUCUCUCUGGUGCAAAUUGGAAACAUAUCAGGUUAUAUUGAUACCCCAGAUCCACCUACUAUCAUCAGCUAUCUCCCAGGUUUACUCUACAAAUACAGUUGCAGUUAUCCUCUGGAGUACCUGGUCAACAACACACAGCUGGCCUCGUCAUCAGCUACAAUCUCAGUGAAAGAAAGCAAUGGUACAUUCAUCAGCACGCUGAAUCUGCUGCUUUACAAUGACUCAUCAUACAUUCAGCAGCUGACCAUUCCUGUAGCAGGACUGACCCUGAAGACACGGGUGUUUGCAGCUGUCAAAGCCACUAACCUGGACAGGAGAUGGAACGUUCUAAUGGACUACUGUUACACUACACCCUCUGGGAACCCGAAUGAUGAGCUUCGCUAUGACCUUUUCUUUAGCUGUGAUAAGGACCCACAGACCACUGUCCUUGAGAAUGGGAAAAGCCAAAUGGGUCGCUUUGCCUUUGAAGUAUUCCGUUUUGUCAAGCACAAGAAUCAGAAGAUGUCCACUGUGUUUCUGCACUGUGUUACCAAGCUAUGUCGAGCAGAUGACUGUCCUAUGCUCAUGCCAAUCUGUGGCAGCAAGAAAAAGAGAGCUAUUUCAGAGGGGAAACAAUCAAGCAAGUCACCAGGAAAUGCUGUUCUGACUGCGGGGCCCAUCAUCACUCGAAGUGAUCAAACACCAAGUAAUAAUUCUCACCUGGCUCUUCUGAAUGCUCCAGAGUUUCACAUCAACACAGUGACCAGCAUACUCAUCUCAGGAGUGAUCAUUCUGAGUGUUAUAAGCAUUUGCUUCUUCCUCUUCUCCCUACUCCCAAAAGGCAGGAGUUCUCCUGUCACUACUGUGUCUGGUGUCCGAAACACGGCCUUCAAUUGAACUCUGGAACUCAGCUGAGUGUUGGCAAAUAAACCAACACUCAGCAAGUGGACACAAGAGACAAGAUACGUUUUCAUGUAGUUGUUUACAAGAAUACAGAUGUUAAUUUAGAAAACUGUUAUGCCUGAAAACGAGCAUUAAUUUAGAUAUACUGUAUAACUUUGUAUAUAUCAUAAUAUGCCACCUCAGAUUUGCAGAUCAUUUCGUACACUGGAUGACUGUAUAUUCUAUCAAACAUCAAGCUCCUAUGUGCAUAUAUAAUAAUUGUUUCUCAGUGGGGAAAUUCAGGUGUACCAGCAGCAAAGUGACUGGAAAAUGAAAGC